GAGCCAUACCAUGCUAUUGUUUUGUAAAGACUGACCGGAAAACCUGGAAGUACUGCUUGCGGAGAAAAACUGGAAGUAGCUACAAGCUACAAGCUAACUACGCUGUACUUCUCGCUGUCAUCAAGCUGCUUUGAGGCUAAAAUUAAAUCGUCUUUUUAAAAGUGCUGGCAUUUAUCUUGCUGAUGAAGAGUCUGUCUUUCAAAUAGGUUGACUCUCCUGGUCAACUUGAUCCCUCCGUUUGUGUGUGAGUCGCUUUGGCUGCAGUCCUCCGUCUCUCUGGGUGAGGGUGAUACUGGCUCUGUGCCAGUCCUCUGUAGAUGAAGAUGUCCCUAGCCCAGCGAGUGCUCCUAUCAUGGAUCUUCGCCCUCAUCUUCCUCAUCAUGCUGGUCCUCAAGCUGGACUCUAAGAUUCACUGGAACUGGUUUAUCAUUUUCCUCCCUGUCUGGACCUUUGACACCAUCCUCAUCCUCAUGCUGAUAGUGAAGAUGGCGGGGCGCUGCAAGCCGGACUUUGACCCCAGGGAUGGCGAGCAGAGCCUGAAGAGGAGGCUGUGGUACCUGACAGCCCUGCUGCUGAAGCUGGCAUUCUGUCUGACACUGUGCUCACGCCUGCAGAGACUCACCGAAAUGUGGGUCAGUGUGGUGUGUGUCCCUCUGUGGGUGCUACUGGGUGGGGCGCUGGUGGAGCUGGGGCACAGUGUUUUCCACUACAGAAGGGAAUGAACCAGAAGACUCUGCAAAACAAAAACUUUUUACGCUCAAGCAUCUCUUGCUUGGGAUGCACCAAUUCGAUCCACUGGAUUGGCAUAUGGGUCCACAUUGACCUUAGUUAUUAAGUGGAUCCGGGCGGACGGGACAGAUCCACGUUAGACUCUGUCAGUGUCAUAAAAUUCACGGUCUGCUCUACAUUGCAUUUAAAUCCCAGCAGGUUGCAGUCUCACUGAGUUGGGUUUCCAGUAAGUUCUACAGUGUAGUUUACAGGUUUAUAGGGGAGGAGAGCACUACUAUUGGAUCAGGAAUCUGUAAAAAAAAAAAAAAGUUGGAAAUCUCACCACAGUAAGAGCUAAUUGUUUGUCACUCUGUGAUACCACUGGAUCUUUGUACAAAAUGAAGAUUUCCCAUACACCAGUCCACACAGUUUAGCAUCUUUAGAAUACAUCCAGUCUUCAUUUUUCUGCCUUCUGGCUCGUCUUUAGGCUGCCAAAUUUAAUUGCUGGUGAACAGGGCUACAGGAAAGUAAGAUUUUUAUUUAAUAUAAGCUUGACUUGUACUGCCAGGUUAGACUGUGUUUGAGAAAUUUAGAUAAGCAAACUGAGACACACAAAGAUCUGCCAUUAUGAUCCACAAUCAGUUACUUGCUACACUAAAUGUUGGCCUACAAUUCACCUUUUAGAGCAAACUCCCACAUAUGUACAUACAAAUACAGUAAUAUCCAAUGGAGGAAUCCUUGUGGCAGUGAAACUAGUUGUGAAUUGACAGCAUGAAAUUAUCCCAUUUGUACUGUGUGCCACUGAACCAUAUUAUACCGAUUUAUGAAAUCACUUAUUUGUCAGUACCCAUCCCAGGAGGUUCCUCUGUGACUGACACAAUGUGAAUGCAAAUUCAGAACUUCCUAAAACCACAUACCAACUAUUGUGGCACCAAAAUUCAUAACAAUCAAUCAACCGUUUACAG